AUGGAUCAGACUACCAAAGCUCUGAAACGACCCUUUACCGUAAUUCGGCAGGUAUGGAAGGACUACCAAGUUGGGCGGGUUAUACGCUACAAUAUACUCGAAGGCGACUAUGAAAAGGAGGAAUGUGAAGAGAGGUGCGAUGAAGAAUGCCGAGUAGCCUGCAUUAAAGACAGCAACGAGAAGUGCAAGGAUGACGACAACGGGAAGUGCAAGGAGACAGACAAUGAGACGUGCAAGGAAGAGCACGAUGAGAAUCGCAAUGAAGAGCGCAGUGAAGAGCGCGAGGAAGAGUGCAGCGAUCCGAACGAGGACCAAUGCGUGGACAACAGGGUGCCUUCACCGCCGGCCACAUGUAUGACUCAAGAAGAAGAUCGAGCUGCCCGACAUGCUGCACAAGCCGAGAGGAAAUGGAAAUGGGACGUGGCUGCAGAAUUUCCGUGGCGCCAUGAGCAGGUGGUGGAUGAGGAAAGCAACUGGAGGGGGACGUGGGUAUUAGAGGUAAAAGACAUGUUUGCUAUGAAAUGGGCGACAGAGAUUGUGGUCACGAGAAACGGCGAUGAAAGGGAGAAGAAGAUUAUACGGAAGCCAACUCGCCAGCAACCGUUUCCUGUCGGACAGGAACGCCUUUACCUGCCGACUGAAGGAGGACAGGAUAACAGCAAAUUGAGGGACAUUCCCUAUUUGGCAUAUUCGCCUUUAUCUGCCGACUGA